CGACGUGAAGAUGGGAUGGGAUCUGGUAUCUGCCCCGUGUGUUUGCGGCGUCGUUGGUGCGAAAAAUUUGUUGUUUGGAAAAGACAUCCACGUCGUGCACCGACCAAAAGACAAAAGCAAAGACCGCUGCUCGCUUUCGAUCGGUUCCCCGCGGCAUGCAUGCAAGAAAAUAAGUAACAGCACGAGCACGACGUGAUCACACGAGGGAAGAAGAGUCUAGGGUCUCAGUUUGGAAAAAAGAAAACUUCAAGAUGUCCUCGUGUGAUCAGGAGGCGGAUGCUCUGGUACGGUGUGCAGCAAGCCCAGGUACUACAUGAUAUGCAUGCAGCUGUGUUCGAGUUCGUGGUACCACAUAUUGAUAAGAGACGCACAAAGGCAACCACGAUAUUAGCAAAGGAACGAAGGGCAACUGCUCUGAUUUUUGAACAAAUCAGCUGCUCUGAUUUUUGAACAAAUCAGGUUCAGACGGAUGCGCCGCGGCCUUUCUGGCCAUGCGGGAAUGCAACCGAGGCAAGGCGGAGCUGCGUUUUGACAGCGGAAAGUUGGAAGUAACAAACAAGGCAGAAUACGCCGUAACGUCCUGCCCAGCACCACCAUCGAGGAGUAAUCUUGCCAUGGCAGCGGACGCUUAUGCAAAAAAACUACGUACUUACGAUUAUUAAAAUUUCAAUUUUGUACGUUGUUUGCGAGACAAAGCUUGUUUGUUUGUUUGUACGAGUGGAAACGUGGUUUUCCGGGUGAAGGUUGUGCCUUCUUCUCACGUUCUUCUAGCGCUACUAAAUAAAAACACUCGGGUGCGACAAGUGACUUUGCACUAACCCCUGAAAAAAGGAAGACAAAGCUUAAUCAAUCUAACAAACAAAAAAGCGAGCGGCUCAUUUGUCUCGUCACUGCGAAUAAAGAAGAGGCGAGAAGAUUGUAGUGUGUAGGAUACCUGUAGCGACAAGCUACUUAAUACAUAGAAGUGUAAUGGUUGAAAAAAAAAAACAGAUAUUGGAGAUGGCGUAAGCGCAUUGCGGUUUUGAUUGCGGCGGCCUCACUUUCACCGUUUCUCACUGCGGGGAGCACGGAAUGGAAACAGGAGUGUGCGUCGGUUAUUUGCACUACGUGAAGAAUGCUUCAGAGCUCAUCGCGGGGGGGCGGACGAAGAAGAGAAACAGAUCACGUGUGAAGAUAUGAGAAUUUACUCAUACAUCAAACUGAUGGAGUUGGCUGCAUAUCCAUAUAGCAUACACGCUAAGGGAUGAGACUGCUGCGUUUUAAGCAGGGUGGCAGCAGCGUUCCACGAACUCGGUUGCGAUCAGGAGUGGGUCACUACCGGACACUAACACAACGCCGGAUUCACGCUACUUACGCCAGUUGCGAACAAUGCGAUGUGUAAUUUUGGGGAUCCGUUACCACUUGUUGUUGAUAGAGUCGGCUGAUGUUGUCCGGGCAGGAGAAACAUCAGCUUGUCUAUCAUCUCAUCGCAGAUCUGAUUUAUUGCCAGCCGCUUGGUAGAGCAGUAUAACGCUCGACCGUUCCGCUUCCGUUUGAGGAGAAAUGUGAU